CAUGAUCUCAACUCGUAAAAAAAGGAAUGACAAACAAACAAUCCUGGUCCACGUUUUUAUCUCGAUUUUUCUAAGGAUUAUUUUUCUAUAAAAUGGCGGAGCAUCCAGAAGAGGAAGAAGAUCAAGGCAAGGAAUUCCUGAUCAAGUUCUUGGCGCUGGGGGACUCGGGCGUGGGGAAAACGAGUCUUCUUUACCAGUACACAGAUAGUCACUUUAACCCGCGCUUUGUACCCACGAUUGGAAUAGACUUCAGAGAGAAGAGAGUGGUUCAUCACCCAUUAAACCCUGAUGGUGAACGAUCAACAAGAGGACAACGCAUUCACUUGCAACUAUGGGAUACUGCCGGCCAGGAACGGUUUAGAAGUUUAACAACUGCAUUCUUCCGGGAUGCUAUGGGUUUUCUUCUUGUCUUUGACUUAACACAUGAGCAGUCUUUUGUUAACAUUCGCAACUGGCUAAGUCAAUUACAGACGCAUGCGUACUGUGAGAAUCCAGAUAUAGUUUUACUGGGCAACAAGGCUGACUUAGAAGAUGAUCGCGUGGUGGAUGAGGCAGAAGCCAGAGCUUUGGCAGACAACUUGGGACUUAAAUAUUUUGAAACUAGUGCAGCUACAGGGCAGAAUGUUACAAAAUCAGUAGAAGCAUUACUAGACCAGGUCAUGGUACGAAUGGAGAAUUGUGUUGACCGUGCUACCCUCCCAAACAAUGUUUUCAACAACAAUCCAUCGCGAGUAAGCAAGCUGAAGGAGGUUGAUGAAGCAAGUGAAGAGUCUAGUGGAUGCUCUUGUUGAGUGGCAAUAAUAAGUCUACAGUAUUUAUAGCAAGAAUAUAAUGUAAUACAACAUAAGGUAACUUCAAAGUAUAACAUGUUUCAUGUAACAACAUCUACUAUUAAGAUAUUACAGUGGAACCUCAAUUUAACAAACCUCUAUAUAAAAAAAUGCUUGGUAUAACAAACAAUUUUCUUCCUUAAAGCCCAAUCAAAAUUUCGCUAAAAUGUAUGGAACAGAACUUCAAUAUACUGGUAGUACCCUCGCUAUGAUGAACAGUUCCCCCAGUACCUUCUCACUUUGUUAAAUUGAGUUUCCAGUGUACUCAAACUUUUGCAUUUUCACAAGGCUCUAGCCAACAGGCUGGUUUAACCUUAUUAAACCACUUUGUCUUAGAUUGCCUUAGGUCUAGGGUUUUGUUUUAUUUGUGCAGAUCAUUUAGUUGUGGAGAGUGGGGUGAUCAUCCUUAUCCCCCACCCCCUGGGGAAAGAAUACAUUGCCACCUUCAUCUGUGCCUCAAGUUGUUAAACAUUUGAGACACCAACUACAUUAGUAGUGAAUCAUUGAUAGCAACAAAAGAAGACAAGUGUUAAAAAUUUUGCCAGUUUUACUGCAAAGUACACUACAAACGAUUUCUUGGAUUAUGUUUUUAAAUCACUCUACCGAUCAGCAGUACUGUUGUUUAACUUGUAGUGUACAACCUUGUAAACAGAGAAUUACUUUUUCAUAUUAAUUCCAUCAUUGUUUUUUAUAGCAAGGUCAACCAGUUUUUUUUAUAGGGACUUUUUUGUGCAAAAAAGUGGGGGUAAGCAAUUAAAAAUAUGAGUAGUGUUUCAGUAUGUAGCAGUCUUUUAGAGUUUGUUUCUACCUUCUUGUAGUGGCCUUUAUUCACUGGGAACAUCUCCAGGGAGAAUUUGACAAUGACAUUUUGCAAACAUUUCCAGCUUUUUUUUUCCCAUUUUCCACCCAUCAGCCUUCCCUGAUACAUUAGAUGUAUUUUUUUCUUGUUAUUGAUAUAGUAACAAUUUAAUGGUCUUUAAGACCACUAUAAAAGAAUAGACAAUUAUUUCCGCAUUUUUGAAAAAUAUGUUAUUCUAUUUAUAUUUGUUUAGAAGUUCAAUUCGAAUUCAAAUGAAUAAAUGAUACAUAAAAUCAUAAUAGAUUAAAUGUAAAUUAUGCCAAUCUUGAUAUUAAUUAUUUCGUGAAUUGUAACUGAUACUGGAAUGCAUGCAUAGUAUUUUAGCCAAUCCGAUUCAUGUUUCUAUAUUCUGUAUCUCAUGUAAAAUACGCCAGGAGUAAUAGGGGAUAAAAAUAAAAUGAGACAAAAA